AUGGACCAAGAUGAAAGAGAUGGGGACGAAAAUGCAUGGCCUGCAACUGCCACACAUGAAGAGGAAGGAAUGUUUGGUGGUGUGCUACACAAGGCACAUGCAUCACUUGAUGCCAGCGAGGCUGACUGCAGCAUGAACGGUCUGAUGGUGCUUUGCGAUGUUGCACUACAACGUGCAGAGAAUGCGCAGAGCCUGAAGAAAGACAAGACGAAGCAGGCAACUACAGAGAGAAGGUGCAGACGCCUCCACACGCAGGCAAAGGCACUUCAGAAGAAGGUGAUUCAACUAACAGAGGAGUGCAAGGAGGCAACCGGAAAGCUGGAAGCCUACAAUAUUCCUGUACUGGAAAGGCGAGCUGAUGAAGGAGAUCCACAGGCACAGUUUCUGAAGGAGCAGCUUGAGUACCUUCUAAAGAUAAAGCCACAUUGGAGCGAAGAGACCGUAAGGAACUGCAUCCUGUGGAAUGCACGGUCUCCCGCUGCUUAUCGCUAUGUGCGAGAUGCUAAGUUUCUGAAACUUCCAAGCCUUUCGACCUUGAAGCGGUACGUUGGUCCAUGCACUGGCGAUGCUGUAACUUCUUUGAUACAGCAAAGGCUGGUGCAGGAAGCAGGCAGACAUGGGCCAGAAGCUUUGCGUGGGUCGCUCAUUUUGGACGAAAUGUCCAUUGAGCAGUGCGAGAGCUACCAGCGUCAAGGAGACGUUGUCCAUGGACUGGUGGACCUGGGAGGCAGGGAAAGGGAGCUGGGUCUAGAAACAACAUUGGCCACGCACCUCCUGUGCUUUAUUUUUGUGGGGCUGUCAACUCAGUACAGGAUACCAGUCAGCUACUAUUUUACUAAAGCUUUGAAUGGCGACCAGGCCUACCACUUGGUACUUGAUGUCAUGGCGGCAGUCCAAGAAGCUGGUUUUUUUGUGUGCAGGGUGGUAGCAGACAACCACGCAACCAACUGCAGUGCUUUUGCACGCCUUGCUGGUGGCAAAAUUGCACCAGUCAUAGAUCACCCUCUGGAUGUGCAGGCACCCCGAAGGCUUCUGUUCUUGUCGUUCGACUACUGUCACAUCAUUAAGAACAUUCGCUCUCAGUUUCUUGACAACAAGAGGCUGCUCUGCAACAAUGGCUGCUACAUCCUGCCAAAGUACAUCAGGCAGAUGUACGACAUCCAGAACAGGAUUGGAGGAGCAUUCCGACCAGCACGUUGCCUGACGAGGAAGCACCUGUACCCGUCAAACUUUGAGAAGAUGAAUGUGAAGAGAGCAGUGGAAAUAUUUUCGCCUCCUGUGACUGCAGCUCUGCGCUACUUACAAGAGUAUGGUGACAGCCUUGGUCAUCAUGGAUUUGAUGACUCCCUGCCAACCAUCGAAUUCAUGGAGCUUGUCUACAAGUGGUUUGUGCUUCACAAUGUCAAAAGCACAACUCGGCACAUUUUCACCAGGGACGAAGUCCGAAUGCCAUUUUACGACGCAGAUGAUGAGAGGCUGCACUGGCUAGAGUCAGAUGUCCUGGCAUAUUUUAAUGUCUGGGCUGCGACAUCCCCUGCGAAAGCUGCCUUCCUCACAGAUGCAACGUACGAGGCUUUUGUGAUAACGACCAAAGCCACAGUGCUCUGCACAAGGAAUCUUCUGGACAGUGGGUUUCACUAUGUUUUGACUGGGAAGUUUUCCAGUGAUGCCGUGGAAUCACUCUUCUCAAGCAUCCGCCAGCUCAAUGGUGCAAAUGACAGGACAGAUGCCCGUUCAGCCCUCUCAGCCCUCCACAAGAUACUUGUCACUGGUGUCAUCCAGAGCUCACCAAGUGCUAAUGUGAAUGGAACAAGGAGCCUCAUCGGGGAGAACUGUGCACUACCAUUGCGGCAAAGGCCUGAGACCUUAGCACACCUCAACGAUGCAGUGCUGAGAGAGAAACUCGAGCCGUACAUACAAGCACUGAUCAUGCCAGUUUCCCCUCCACCCGGGCUGAAGACUGCAGCACUGGCAUUAGUUGCCGGGUUCCUUGUACGUGUGGUGAAGGAGAAAGGGACAUGUGAGGCCUGCCUGAAAAACGUGGAAGCUGAUGCUUCUCCUUCUGCUUACGUCAAGCUGGUCUAUAAUCUAGACAGAGGUGGACUAAGCUACCCUACCCUGCCUUUUGUAGGCCUUGUGUAA